AUGCCCAUGCAGUGGAACUCCGAGGCAAACACCAGACUCUUCCUAGGCGUCCUUGAACAGUGCAAGAACACCAAGAUGAACGUCGACUACAAAGGACUGGCUGCAUUCAUGGGACCUGAAUGCACCCCGAAAGCCGUGAGACUUCAGCUGGCCAAAUUGAAAGGUCAGGCUGGAGGCAACAGUAGCACCCCAGCGACCCCGACCGCCACUCCAACGCCCAAGAAAAGAAAGUCUGGUGCGGAGGGACAGUCGCCCAAGACUCCGACCAAGAAGAGCAAGGGCCAGAAGGCUCAGGGAGGAAGUGAUGAGGACGAGGAUACUACUCAGGAAUAA